AUGGGCCCUCAAAGGAGGUUAGGAGUAUAUGUUGGAUUUGAAUCCCCAUCAAUAAUUAAAUAUCUAGAGCCAUCUACAGGGGGUCUAUUUAAAGCUCGAUUUACAGAUUGUCAUUUUAAUGAGUUAGUCUUCCCAACAUUAGGGGGAGAAAAUAAACAGCCGGAGAAGGAAAUCAGUUGGAAUGAAUUAUCAUUGUCUCAUCUUGAUCCUCGUACUAAACAAUGUGAAUUAGAAGUACAAAAGAUAAUUCAUUUACAAAGCUUAGCAAAUCAAUUGCCAGACGCAUUUACUGACCCAAAUAGAGUGACUAAGUCACAUAUACCAGUAGUAAAUGCUCCAAUUAAAAUUGAUGUCCCAGCAGGACAAUAUCAAACUGCUAGUGAAUCUAUAGCACGCAUGAAGCAUGGUAGACCUAUUGGUUCCAAAGAUAAGAAUCCUCGGAAAAGAAAAGGAGCGGCGAUUGAUAAUGGCCAGACCGAGGAAGCAAAGAACUUUAAAGGAUCUCCAGAAGAGACUUUAGACAUGACGAAUGAAGAAAUUCAGGUACCUGAUAAUGAAGAGAUCUGA